AUGCCAUCGUUCGCUCGGGGCCGGCUAAUUGAUGCUCAAGCAGAGGAUGGAGAAGAUCUACAGGCCAAACUGCAGGAACUGAAUCGAUUGAUUGACAACGAUCAAGGGGUGCUGGGCAACCAUCAGCGUGUACCUUUCACACAUUCUGGUAUAUCCGAGGAUAGCGACUACACGUCCGACGUUUUCGUUUCCCAUUCAUCAACCGAAUAG